AUGGUUUUUGAAUAAUAGGUAUGCUUAGAUAUUUUCUCCUAAAAUUAGAGAUUUACUUAGUCAAAUCAAAUAUAAGUAAUUCUGCUUUUUUUGCUAUCUCAUCCAUAAAAAGAUAUUUCGAUCACUAAAUUUAAUAUAUCAAAUAUCAAAGAAAAAUUCUUGAGAUUUCAAAAAUUUAAUGUAGAAAUAGUAGCACAAGUAAUUUUUAAUUCAUCUACCUCAAAUUAUUGGCUUAACGUCAUAAGAUGGACAAUAGACUAAUAUGCAUUAUGGAGGAGCUAAAGGUGGAUUUGGAAUUAACCCAAGGAAAUUUUCCAAGAGAGAAACAGAAACAUGAAUGAGAAGAUAUACUCUUGGGUUGUCAAAAAGAAUUUUAUAGGGGCUGCAAUAGAUGUACCCAGGCCUGAUUUAGGAGUAUGACUUUCAAUUAAAAUUAAUAAAGACUGGUGAAUAAAAAAUGAGUUGGAUGAAAGAUGCCUACACAAAGUUCAAGGGUCACUAAGAUCUUUCUUCUGUCGGCUGUGUCACUGGAAAGGCAAUAACUUAAGGCGGAAUUUCUGGUCGAUAAGAAUCAACAGGAAUGGGAGUAAGUUCAUUAAAAUUUCUAUAAGAUUUUCUUCGCAACAAGAGAAAUUUUAAAUAAUACCAAGUUUUGUCAAUUUGUAGGUAAUGAACCAAGUUUAAAAUGAAAAUCCAUUUUUUUUAGGUUAUGGAAAUGUAAUAACAAAUUUUAAUGAAAAUAGGUAGGCUCAUUGGAAUCGCCGAAUAUGAGAUCUAUUUUCAAUCCUAAUGGAAUUAACCCUUAUGAAUUGGCAGCUCAUAAAACAAAGACUGAGGGUGUUAAGGGAUUUGCUAAUGCUGAAUAAUAUUGGGAGGACGAGUCAGCUAUUUAUAAAUAAUGUGAUAUAUUUAUACCAGCAGCUUUUGAAAAAACAGUCAAUGAAAGCAAUGCAAAAAAAUUUAAUUGUAAAAUUAUUGCUGAAUGUGCUAAUGGUCCAUGGCAGCUGAAGAAAAACUUCUUGCCAAAGAAUUAUCUUUUUACCAGAUAUUUUCUUAAUGCUAGUGGUGUAACAGUAAGUUAUUUAGAAUGGCUAAAAAAUUUGAAACAUAUUAAUCCAGGAAGAAUGACAAGAAGAUGGGAAGAAUAAGCAAAACACAGAAUUUAUGAAGUCAUUAAAAAUAAGAACUGAACUCAAUAUAAAUAUUAAAGAAAGCAAGUUAGCCAAAAAAAUGUUAGAAGGCCUUUCCGAAGCAAUUUUUUAUUAUAAAUUUUAUUCAGACUGAUUUAGUUCACACAGAUUGAAGCCGUCAACAAUAUUAUGGCUACUUCUUUAUAAUACAAAGUUAAUUUAAGAUUAGCUGUUUACAUUAGUGCUAUUAACAAGUUAAAUGAACAUUUUGAAAUGGCUGGAGUUGAAGCAUGA